AUGCCAGCCCACCGCGCCCCCUUAACCCCGCAUGCCCCCGCCCCCGAAACCCUAAAACUGUACCCCCACGAUCCCCCUCGCUCCACCCACUCCCCACCCGAUCUGGACCGAGGAUCCACCCCAACGACCGCGCCCCCCGACGUCGGCGCCCGUCCCGACGCCGGCCCGCCCCAUCACCCCGACCCUCCUCCUCGCCCCUCCUCCCUCGCACAUCGCCCGCCCGUGGCCUCUGCCUCACCGACGUCGUCUCCGAACACCGCCGCCUCGACCUCUCCUCCUCGCCGGCGACGCGUCCCCGUCCUCCUCCUCGACCCCCGCCGCCAACCCCUACAGCUACGCUGUGAGCUGCCGCGGCGGUCGCGCCUGCCCUCUCCCCCCUCUCUGCUCCCGGCCACGCCCGAUGCGCGCGCCCGCGCACCCCCGUCCUGCACCCGAGCGCCCCGAGUGCGCUCGGCCGCGCUCACCGCCGCAUCCGCCACGCUCCCGCGCGCUCCCCGCCGCGUCGCGCCCGCGCAUGCCCGCUCGCUCCUUUGCUUGCUGCUGCUGCUCGCGCCGACCCCGCCAUCGCGCGCUCACCGCAGCGCCCCGCAGCUCCUCCACCGCCCGGCGCCCGCGCUGCCGCGGCCUCGCUGGCCCGCACGCUCGCAGCCGCCUCCGCUCACGCUCGCCGCUGCCACCCUCGACCGCGCUGCCCUCCUGCGCCACCGCAGCCGCCUGCCUCCGCCGUCUACUCCGACCGCGCCAUGCCCCUUCCCUGCGACCGCCGGCUCGCCGCUCCCCGCGACCACCCCACGUUUCCUUCACCAGCCCCCCUCCCCGCGAGCCCAUCGUCGCGCCUACUGCCCCGCUCACCUCACCUAG